AUGGAUGACCGCCAGCUGAACCAGCAAAAUGACGAUGAUCUCUUGUCGGAGGGAUUCGGUUUGGCUGGUUUCGGUGCUGACCACAAAAAGGGAGCGCUAGAUCAAUACUGCGGCAUGGAGCGCGCCUUUUAUUUUGUCGCCCUAGGUCUCCUCCUAAGCUAUAUUAUCGUCAUCAUCUUGUCGGUUCUUCGAGUCUGUGAAUUGAGGAUGGUUCCCAAGGAUAAGGUCGACGACAUGCUCCGAGAGCGCGAGGAGAUGAUUAAUCUGGAGCACAAAAUCCAUGACCAAGAGGCUUCAGCGGCGACGCCAACGCACAGCAUGACACCAACCACGCCUCAGGGCAAUCAUGAAUUUGGAGCGACGGACACCCAGCCCUACUCCCACCACAGUUCAACGCGAGAAACAACGCGCGACGCAGCAGCCUCAUCAUCGACGAGGCCUGCACGCCCACAGCUGAGAUACGCCGAUUCAAUACCAGGACCCUCAUCAUCAUCUUCAUAUCGCACGCCUCGCCCCACCGAACCGGUCUCCCCACUCUCGCCAGUCUCUCCCAUCUCCACGGCAGCAUUGCCGCACGACCAAGGCUUCAUACUAUCCGCGACAGACGUGAGCGCCAACCUGGCCAUGGUCGCGGACGGCUCGCGGUACAGCCCGAACGCCGACCACAACCAGCUGCCGCCGUACUCACCCGGUAACAGGGGGGCAAUGCGCGGGCACGGCACUGAGAGCAACGAUAUCCGGCUCAGCGAGUAUGUCAAGGGGGCGACUGCGGCGCAGGACAUGAAGGACUCGCAUGGCUUCUGA